UGGAUCAAACCUGACACUGUUCCAACCGAAGCUAUUUCAUCCUCACGUUUCUUACGCAAAACUCUCCCCUUCCUCCUCUUCUCCCCUCCCCCUCCAUCAUCAUCAUCAUCAUCAUCCUCAUCCUCAUCCAUGGAAUCUCUCUUCUCCCUCCCUUCUCCCUGCCUCUUCCCCACUCCCUCUCCUUCCGCGCCCAAAACCCUAAACCCCACCACCCUCUCUUCUCCCCUCUCCCUCCACCACCACCACCACCACCUCCGUCGCCACCGCAGUCCCACACGAACCGCCACCGCCAUCCUCCGCUCCCACGGCCUCUCCUCCGCCCCCUCCACCGCCCUCUCCGACGCCUCCGACCCCUUCGACAUCGGCGCCGGCCAGGGCGACGAUGCGAAGUUCGAUUGGUACGCCCAAUGGUACCCGGUGGCUCCCCUGUGCGACCUCGACAAGCGGGCGCCGCACGCGAAGACGGUGAUGGGGCUCGACGUGGUGGUGUGGUGGGACCGGGCCGAGGGGCGGUGGCAGGUGUUCGACGACCGCUGCCCCCACCGCCUCGCCCCGCUCUCCGAGGGCCGCAUCGACCCCCGCGGCCGCCUCCAGUGCGUCUACCACGGCUGGUGCUUCGACGGCAGCGGCAACUGCAAGUACAUUCCCCAGGCGCCGUCCAGCGGCCCCCAGGUUCAUUUGAACACUAAGGCUUGUGCGGCUGUUUAUCCUAGCGUUGAACAGAACAAAGUUUUGUGGUUCUGGCCUAGCACUGAUCCUCAAUACAAGGAUAUCUUAGAGAAGAAACGACCUCCGUACAUCGAAGAGUUGGAUGACCCAUCAUACACCUGUUCAAUGGGAAUAAGGGAACUUCAAUAUGGGUAUGAAGUCCUGGUAGAAAACCUCAUGGAUCCGGCUCAUGUUCCAUAUGCACAUCAUGGACUAAUGAGAGUAAGGAGACGUGUGGAACCUGGCAGAGCUGAAGCUGAUCGAGAAGGAGGUGGACCUGUAGAAAUAACAAUAGAGGAAUCAAACAAAAGUGGUUUUCAUGCAAAGCAGGAUGCUGGUUAUUUCAGAUUUAUAGCUCCGUGCCUCUUUUAUGGUGCAGCAACUGUUAACCAAUCUGCUACAUCAAGGAAUGUCCAAGAGAAUAUUUCAGCUCAACCCCAGCAGAGGUUCAAGAGGUUUCUUCUCAUAUUUAUGUGCAUCCCAGUCAGUCCUGGAAGAAGCCGAGUAAUUUUCACAUUCCCAAGGAAUUUUGCAGUUUGGAUUGACCGAUUUUUUCCACGAUGGAUAUUUCAUAUGGGACAAAACCUUAUUUUGGAUUCAGAUCUUUAUCUUCUCCAUGUAGAGGAGCGCAAGAUCGCGAAAGCUGGCUUUUCCAAUUGGUUCAAAGCUUGUUACGUGCCAACAAAGUCAGAUGCCAUGGUUAUAGCCUUCAGAAACUGGUUAAGAAAAUAUUCAAACAAUCAGGUUAACUGGGGGAGCAUGUCUAGCGAGCAGCUUCCACCAACUCCUCCGAGAGAGCAGCUGAUGGACAGAUACUGGUCGCAUGUUGUGCAAUGCAGUAGCUGCCGUGGAGGAUUGAAAUUUCUAAAGGCCCUCGAGUUUUCUCUUCAAGUUCUCUCGUUAGCCCUAAUUGGGACUGUUGCAGCUGCCAGACAUAGUUUAACUUCAGCCACCGCAAGGAAUUCUAUCGUCUUUGCAGCAGUACUGUGUUUUGCGGCUUCACGGUGGCUCUCUCAUUUCAUCUACAAGACCUUCUAUUUCCAUGAUUACAACCAUGCUUUCAAAUGAUUACUCUGCAGGUCAGACCUUCUCUUAACAAAAUAUAGUAAACAUUAUUUACCUUCCUUCUGUGAUACUCCGUCAUAACUGCAAUAUUGAUGUAUAUAACUGAACAGACAUACAUGAUACAUAAUCUCUGUCACAAAAUUGUAAUUAUAAGGCAUCUUACCAUGCGCAGUUAUAGAAAAUUCUGCAUCGGGUUCUUUCAAUUUUACAUCCCCGAGCGUUAGCAUUGGAAAUUGCAGCUUUUCUUAUGUUCUUA